AUGCCAAUCUGUGCGAACCAGGAGCAGCUGGGGAACUUUCGGUGUAGAAAAAUGUGUCGGAUCCAUCGCUGCUGGACGAUCGCUAUCACCUUCGCCUUCCUACUGGCCAGUGUACCGCUUGUCUCGACGGCGAACGAUACGAGCGCGGUCUUGGGGCGCUCGAGGCGCUUCAUAAGCUACCCGAUUAAUGGUGGAUUAGCAAAGGUGGUGCUCGGAUUUCUGGCGCCAGUCCGGUUCCAUCAUCCGCUGCCACGCAGCCUCAACUGUGGAGUGAACGUACAGGCGAACUAUGCGAUCCCUUCAAACAUCAUUUUUCCCCACCCCGAAUCGGUGUUCCAGAAUCGCCAGUACACCGAUGGCACCGCAGGAAAUCGGAAGCAAUUGUACGGAGUGAUCGAGAAGAUGUUACGUGUAUCGCUCGGUGCUGGACCACGUGCUCGCCAGUGUUUGCUGCGAACCGUGUGCGAAGUCGCGGACACUCCCUUGAAGCACAAUGGGCUGAUCGGGGAGCUGUUGGAUGUGGUGUUCACACCUCAACCAUCGGACAAACUUUCGUCGAAUUUUCUUAAAGCUCGCCGAUAUGGUUCGAAGGGGCUCGAUUGCUCACGAAUAUAUUCUCGGUGCAGUUGGGGUUACGGUUUGCUUGAUCGUGUCUCUCGUCUGUCCUUAUAAGCGGUUCCUACACUUCUCUUCCCUUCGUCACUUCUUUAAGCAAAUUUCUAGUUGAAUGGAUAAAAUGAACAGCUCUAAUGAUGGUGCUGCUUUUGCGCUGUCCCGUUUAUAGGCUCUCGAAAAACUGAAUUUACAAGCCAGAAUUCCGUAUCAUCGAAUCUCUUAAACAUGAUAAUUAGAACAGCAUCAGG